AAGUCAACCCUCUCUCCCUCUUUCUCUCUCUCCAUAGAAAAGGGAGAGCAGAGCAGGGGGAAAAAAAAAAAGGACAGAGAAAAAGGACAGAGAAGCCAAAAGAAUGAAAAUGGGGAUAAAGAAAUCGGAGACGUUGACGCUGAUACUGGUGAAUCUGGCCGGAAUAAUGGAGAGAGCCGACGAGUCACUUCUGCCCGGAGUGUACAAGGAGGUGGGGGCCGCACUCCACACGGACCCAACUGGGCUGGGCUCCCUCACUCUCUUCAGAUCCAUUGUCCAGACCUCCUGCUACCCUCUCGCAGCCUAUCUAGCCACCCGCCACAACCGCGCCCACGUCGUCGCCCUCGGGGCCUUCCUCUGGGCCGCCGCCACUUUCCUUGUCGCCAUUUCCUCCACUUACGUUGAGGUGGCUGUUUCAAGAGGUUUGAAUGGGAUAGGACUUGCCAUAGUCAUACCAUCCGUUCAGUCCCUUGUUGCAGACUCAACCGAUGAGACCAACCGUGGAACAGCUUUCGGUUGGUUACAAUUAACCGGAAACAUUGGGUCCAUCAUCGGUGGGCUUCUUUCGGUGCUGUUAGCCUCAACAUCUUUCAUGGGUAUCGCAGGUUGGAGGAUAGCCUUCCAUCUGGUUGCCUUGAUUAGUGUUGUUGUUGGUGUUUUGGUCCGUCUCUUUGCAAAUGAUCCCCGCUUUGAUGAAGCUACAGCUCAAAUUCCUCAUAAACCCUUCUGGACAGAAGUUAAAUACCUGAUUACAGAAGCAAAAUCGGUAAUCAAAAUACCAUCUUUCCAGAUAAUUGUUGCACAAGGUGUGGCGGGAUCUUUUCCUUGGAAUGCAUUGUCAUUUUGCCCUAUGUGGUUAGAGCUUAUUGGCUUCUCCCACAAGAAAGUGGCAUUUCUAUGGACCCUUUUUAUUAUUGCUGGUUCGCUCGGAAGUAUUUUUGGAGGGAAGAUGGGGGAUAUCCUCGGGCAACGCUAUCCAAAUUCUGGGAGGAUAGUUUUAUCCCAAAUAAGCUCCAGUUCGGCUAUCCCUUUAGCUGCAGUGCUGCUGCUACUAUUGCCUUAUGAUCCUUCCACAGCAUUCAUGCACGGUUUUGUCUUGUUUAGUAUGGGAUUAGUCAUGACGUGGUGUGCUCCAGCCACAAACAAUCCAAUAUUUGCAGAGAUAGUUCCCGUGAAAUCUCGAACGAGUAUUUAUGCUUUGGACCGAUCUUUUGAGACCGUUCUAGCUGCAUUUGCUCCCCCAAUUGUUGGGCUACUGGCUCAGCGUGUUUUUGGUUACAAACCAAUUCGAAACGGAUCAACAAGCUCAGAAGAAAUUGAAACAGACAGAAAGAAUGCUGCAUCAUUAGCCAAGGCACUUUACGCAGCAAUUGGGAUUCCUUUCACAAUAUGCUUCCUCAUCUACUCUCUCCUCCACUGCACGUAUCCAAGAGAUAGGGAUCGCGCACGAAUGCAGACCUUAAUAGAGUCAGAGAUGCAACGGAUGGAGGAUUCGCCUUCCGUAGAAGAAUACUCUCGGAUUCAUGUUCUGGGAUCCGAUGUGCUGGGGCAAAACGAAAGAAGUGUGAUUGAAGGGGAAUACGAAGGAGACGAAAGCCUUGAUUUCGACGAGAAUGAUGAGAAGAGAUUGAUUCCCCAUGAACAACCGGAUUCCAGCAACUAACGUUUGGAAGCCGGUUCGCGUAAGUUGUACUACCACCUGACAAUUCCAUUUAUCAAUGACGAUCUCCUCCUACAUGGUUCCCAGAAUUUGGGACGAAAGGUUGUUUGCAUAUCUUGUUACCUUUUAUUUACUCCUGAUUAAGCUGUGAAGAGUUCAUUUUUUUGGUUUUGUAUAGACCCAAUUUAAACACCUUACCAGUCUCGUGUCGUUGCGAUGUUGCACUCAGCAUGCAGAGAUCCGAAUCACAUGUAUUUCCAAUUUUCUAUAUAGAUAACAAGAGUUAUAGUCCAUAAUAUAUUUCUACUUACUA